UUUGACAAUCAAGUUAAAGAAAAACAAGAAAUUAAAAAAAAAAACAUUUUCGUUUACUAAAAAAAAACCACUUUCAUUUGGUUCUGUAAUAAUAAUGUACGGACAUGGCGAGAUAACCACGGCAGCAGAAUCAGAUUACGCUUUGCUGGAGUCAAUACGACGUCACUUGCUAGGUGGAGACAACGAGUUACGAUUCAGUGAGUCAAUACCGAGUUCAUGUUUCACUCAGAGUUGGGGAGACUUGCCAUUGAAAGAGAACGACUCCGAGGAUAUGUUAGUGUACAGUGUCCUCAACGACGCCUUCAACGGAGCCUUUGAAACGUCGUCGCCGUCGUCGGACUUGAGCUGUCUCAGCGAUUUUAACGAUUUUCCGGCGGUUAAAAUGGAAACUUCGGAGAACUUAGCAGCGGAGGCGGAAAAAAUGAAGGCGGUGGCGGCGCCGCCGUCAAAGGGAAAGCAUUACAGAGGGGUGAGACAGAGGCCGUGGGGGAAAUUCGCGGCGGAGAUACGUGAUCCGGCGAAAAAAGGAGCGAGGGAAUGGUUAGGGACGUUUGAGACGGCGGAAGAUGCAGCUUUGGCUUACGAUAGAGCUGCUUUUAGGAUGCGUGGUUCCCGCGCUUUGUUGAAUUUUCCGUUGAGGGUUAACUCCGGUGAACCUGACCCGGUAAGGAUCAAGUCAAAGAGGUCUUAUAAGUCUUCUUCGUCGUCCUCUUCUGAAAACGGGAAGCCGAAGCAGAGGAGAAGAACAGAGAACGCCAUAGUUCAGGUGAAGGGCGAUGUUGCAUAAGAGACACGUGUCAACCACUUGUUUGGUAUCGUUAGUUUACUGUGUGUUUUGUAGUUUGGAAGAGAAGUAAAGUAUUUCAUUUGUUUUUUGGUCUCUUUUACUAAACUAACAGCCAUUUCCAUAAGUAGAUUCUUAGGUAAUAAUUAUCUUAUGAUGUGAAUACGUGUCUAACUACAUAGUUGUUUCUAUGUUUCAGUUAUAUACAGUAAGUCCGAGACAUCUCUUAUA